CCUGAGCCGGGAGCCAAUCAGCGAGCUGCUCCGUGUGAAAGCUUGAAACUCCGCCGAGCUCUGCGGAGAGUUAAAGGAAACAAAGACGCAUGGAGCUUCUUCCAAAGCCUUGGACCCUCGUGGUCCUGUUUAUUGUAAUUUUGAGGUCUGUGGUUUGCUUCAGCAAUGGGAAGGUAUCCCAAGCUUGCGGGGACAUGGUACCUAUGCAUGGUUAUACUCCCAGCCCCGAUCCUCCUCCUGGCAGUCUCACUGUGGAUAAAACUACAUUCAGACCUGGAGACCAAAUUAAAGUAACAUUCUCAUCAGUCCUCUCGGACAAAAAAGGACACUUCAAAGGCUUCCUUAUAGAAGCUCGAAAUGCAAGAGACCCUGAUGCUGGAACUGUGGGAUCUUUUACUCUGCUAAAUCCUGCCAUCUCACAGCUUCUUAACUGUGGUGAUGGAGAGGGCUCUGCAGUGAGUCACACUAGUGACUCAUCGAAGACGGAAGUUCAAGUUAUGUGGACUGCACCCCCGGACCCCCCUCCUAACGUCCAGUUCCUGGUUACUGUGGUUCAGAAAUACAAGCUGUACUGGGUCAGGGUCCCUGGGCCUGUAGUGACUCUCUAUGGUGCAUCUCCGCUUCCUCCGCUAUCUACAGCUGGACAAGCAACAUCUAAGACUACCACAUCCUCAGGAACUAUGCCCCGCCCUAUCACCUCAGAUGGCUGUGGAAUUACAAAGUCCUGUCUGAGGGAGCCUGCAGCCUGUGAUCCACAGAAUGACGCCCUCUGUUACUUCUUGUCAUUCGCAAAGGAGGACGAUAGCGUGGUGUUUGAGCUCAGUGGUCCAGCACCAGGCUACGUCUCCUUUGCCUUAUCCACUGAUAAAUGGAUGGGUGAAGAUGAUGUUUAUCUGUGCAUUAAUGAAGGCAGCCAGGUCAGCAUUAAUGCAGCUUAUGUUCAGGGAAGAACACAUCCAGUGAUUGCUUCAGAGAAUGUUUUGAGGGACACAGAGGGGAGGCUGGUGGACGGAGUCAUCCAGUGCAGAUUUCGCAGAGUUGUACGCAUUCCAGCUCCAAAUCAAAACAGAUCAAAUUUAGAUGAAGCACACUACCUCUUCAUGGCUCACGGUCGAGCAGAGAAUGGGAGGACCCACAGACAUAACCGGCAGCCUCUCAUUUCAUCAAAUCCAGUGUUCAUUACUGGCUCUCCAGAGGAUCUAACUGGCUCUCGCUCGCCCUUACUCAUCAAAUUCCACGCUGUCUUCAUGCUCAUUGCUUGGAUGACGACCGUCAGCACUGGAGUCAUUAUCGCCCGAUACUUCAAACCAAACUGGCCGGACACAACUCUGUGUGGACAGAGGGUUUGGUUUCAGUUCCAUCGAGCUCUAAUGCUCGUCACAGUCCUUCUGACAGGCAUUGGCUUCAUAUUACCUUUCAUAUACAGGGGAGGCUGGAGCAAGCGUGCAGGCUCACACCCUUACCUGGGCUGUACUGUUAUGGCUCUGGCUCUUAUCCAGCCCAUCAUGGCUCUGUUUAGACCUGCUCCAGACUCCUCCAGGCGAUACAUUUUCAACUGGCUUCAUUUGGGAACAGGCACGAUAGCCCAGGUCAUUGCUGUUGUGGCCGUUUGUUUGGGCAUCCAUCAGCAGGCCCUCUUGCUGCCUGCCCCCUGGUCCACCGGAAUCGUGGCUGGCUAUGUAAUCUGGUUUGUACUUGCAGACUUGAUUCUCGAAGUACACAGGAGAGGUCUGUUCCCCAUAGGGCAAUUUUUUAAGCAUUUUGAAGUCCACACAGAAAAUAUACAAACUGAAGACAAAGAGGAGAUUCUGUUUGUUCCGUCAGAAGGCCAGAGCUGCAUUAAGGGACCUCGUUUUAAAGAGGUUGUUCUGGUAGUCUAUCUGUGUGGAAAUCUUGUGUUCCUGACUAUUCUCCUUGGCACAAUCAGAGGGGUAUGACGUACAUACAGUGCAUAACAAACCAUGUGCCUGACUACUGUCACCUGCUGCAUUAGGAGCAUCUGUUCAGACAGAAAGUGCCAAGAACUUAUUUAAAGGGGAACAGUCAUGUUGAGCCUUUAUGUGUGUGUGCAUGUGUGUGUGUGUGUGUGUAAGAUGGUGCUAUGUUACUUCAUAACAGAGCUUUGAAAAUACUCAAAGACCAUUUCACAGAACAAAACGAGGAAAAACCUUUUUUAGUGAGGUCUUCAGGGAAUUUUUAAAACAGAAGAUUCAUAUCCCAAGACAUAUUGUUUUGGCAUGCAGUGUGUAUGGUCUACACAUUGCUAAUCAUUAGCUCCACUCUUUCAUAACGUCCACUAACCCGUUCCUUUUUUACCCUUCUCAUUAACAGUCAAUGCCUUUCUAUGCACCUAAAAUAUAAUGGAACUGAAUUUAGAUUCGCUGCUGUCUUACUAUCCUUGCCGCAGAAAAGCCUUAAAUAUUUCUUACUUUGUAAAAACAACUACCAAAACCAAAUAAAUAUAAAAAUGUUUGUUUUAAUAAAAAAAAACAUUAUUGAUGAAUCGACCAAUUGUGUGUUCCAAUAAUGUUCUACUCAGAAAAAAAAUAUUUUUACAUUGACUUUAUUGAGAUUUACAAUGAAUUUCUUCACCUGUAACAUUUGGAGUUACAAUGUUUUUGUGUGACACUGUUUAUUUGUUGUAAUUUCUGUACUGUUAGCUUCUGUAAUAUACACUUAAUCAACUGAUAAGCUUGUUGUUAAGCUGAAAGUGUCAGUCUUAUUAACAAAAAAACUCUCUAGCUCCCUUCUCAGUCCAAACUACCUCUGCACUGUGCUUAUUCUAUAUCCCAAACUCGAAACACUUAACAAGUGCACUUCUGGUCUUAGUACUUAGUAAUAUGGGAGUAUAUAUACUAUUUAGUGUGGAAGUGUGCAGUAUGGGACGCAAGCUUUGUGUUUGUUGUAAGAACACAUAGUUUUAAAUGUGUUUCCUCAACUUUCCAAGCAUCUACAAAUUUUCAUCUCUGAGAGAUGUAGUAUUCAAGUUUUAUACAUUCUAAAAUAUAACAGUAUCAGUAUCUCUUUGUGCCGCCAGAUAUUAGGAGUUUAGUGUGACUGUUCCCCUUUAAGGUAAAGAGACAUCAUCAGAAACUUUAUUGGCAAAUUGGUAUGCAAAUUACAUCCCGGAACAAUGUUUCAGGCUAUUUUGAAAUACAUGCUCAUAGAGCUUGGAUGUAUAAAUGAAUAUGGAGUUACAGUACAGCUUGUAAUACUUUCACAUUUAUAUUGAGAAUAUUUUUUAAUUAUUGACUUGCUGUUUUCAGAAAUGAUUUGUCACCAAAUAUGUUUUAGAACUGUUGAUUGUGCUCUGUGAUUAAUAGUUAAUAGUGUCUUUUACAUUUUACAGCUCUGAUAUUGUCAUUCUUGUGAUUAUUUUUACACAAAAUUAACUUUUUGUCUGUAUUGUGUGUGGAUGUAUUGAUGAAUGUAUGGAUGUGUAUAUGCUCAUACGUAUAUCACAUAAACCUUUAAGAACUGACUUUUUACUUGCUGCCUAUUAUAUACUGCGCAUUGAAAGGUGCCUUUAAAAAUAAUUUUCCACAUCACUGGUUUUAAUAUUAUGUGUAAUUGAUUUGAAUGUGUGUGUGUGCAUACACAACUGAGCACUUUACUAGGGACACUGUAUAAGUGCCAUGUAGGGCCUCCAUUUGCUCCUUCAUGAAUCCACAGAUUCCACAAUGUGUUUGGUUGUAUUUUCUGUAGAUUAAUCAGGUGCACAUUCAUGCUGCAGCCUCAGCUUUCUGUUCUUGGCUGACAGAAGUGGAAUUGAUCUCUUGUGGGAUUGGGUCAACUUCAUGACAACAUGUUCUUGAUUACACCAUUCUGAGGAAUCUGUUUAGUCGGUUGUCAUGACAAUUCCUAGAAGAAUAGCAGUUCUACACAUUUACAAACCAAUAGUUUGGUACCAAAAUCCCACUACAAUUAUAAUCACUCCUUUUUUGUUCUAUUUAAAUGUUUGAUGUGAACAUUAACUAGAGCUGUUGCCACUUAAUUAAAGAAGGCAAAAAAGUGUAACAGUGUUCCUAAUAAAGUGCUUAGUGUGUGUCUAUUUGUAAUGAAGAACUUUGCUCCGUCCAGAUCAUGUAUUAUAUGACACCUUGAAUGCCUUUAUAAGACUUUAAUCAAAUCUUUAAAAUCAAUAUUUGAAUGAAUAUAAAGAUGAAUAAGAGAAACAUAUAUGAUUAGUAGCUGUUUAUAAAUUAAAAGUGACAUUAUUUGCUACUCA